AUGUAAGAAGCUUAGAAAAAGUAUAAAGUCUUUGACUUAAGUGAAUAGCAUUUAGUAGAAAAUAGUCAAAACGAAUUAAGUAUUUUGCAGAUAGGGUUCUCUUCAAACAGAAUUAAGUUAUCAAUGCAGACUUCUGAUUGUCUUACUUAAAAUGAUGUUUUAAGAGAUGAUCUAUUCCAACUUUAUAUAGAAGACAAAUAGCUUAAAAAAGACUUUAGCCUUACAGAAAUCAAAAAGGAAAAAAAUGAACCAAAUAAAAAUUAGAUUAACACUUUCUACCAUUAUGAUAAUCUAAGAAUAUUUGAUAACAUUUACUUUAAAUACUCAAUUUAUAACAAACAGUCAAUCAAAUUAUUUACAGUAAAAGAUUAUCAUGAGAUAGGAAAUUUAUAGUCUAAAUUUAUUGGAAAGUUUAAGUUUUAAGAACUUUCACAUAACAUCUUAAACUUUAUUUGCUUUUUUCUUCUUCCACAUGAGUCAAUGAAUUUAUUUUUGACCUUCAAAUCGAAUAGCUUGAACAGAGUUAUGCAAGAAUCUACUAUUUGGAAGUAAUAUGCCAAAUAUUUAGAAUUGGAGCAUAAUGAUGAAGAAAUCAACAGAGAGACUUUCUUUCAAUUGUAUAGAAACAGGUAACUUGGAUUUUAGCUGGAAUAAUGCAAAAGCGUUUACAAUGAACAUUAUUAAUGCCAAAUUAAGAAGAUUGGCUUUAGAAAAACAAAUAUUUAGAUUGAUUUUAGGGUUGAAGGAAACUACUCUCUUGGUUAGUUAUAAAAUCCUUUGGGUUCUAAGUUAUCAGUGAAUAAUAGAAAUUUGAAUCUUUUAAUUGACUAAUGUAUUUUUAAAGAAGAAAAUAAUAAUUAAUCAAAGUAAAUUUAUGAUGGCUUUCUUACUUACUAAAAGCCUUCAAAUAUGAAAAUUAUUCCAAAUAUGGAAUUUUCUUUUGAAUUUGGGCAAGGUGGAUAUUCAGAAACAAAAAUCUUCUAAAUAACUAAUGACAAAUUGAGAAAAUUUGAAUUAUUUUAGCUUAUUGAAAAAAAAUAUUUAAAAUAGUUUAAAAUUUAAUAGCUCUCAAAAAAAAUUUUAUUCUAAAUCUUCUCAUUCUUAUACCCUCAUGAAUCUUUCAACCUCUUUUUAACAUUUAAAUCAGUAAAUUUAACUAGCCUUAUUGAAGAGUCCACUCUUUGGCAAUAAUAUUUCAAAUAUCUAAAUUUGUAGGUUAAAAAUCAAAUCUUCAGUAGAGAAUCAUUUAAUCAGUUUUAUAAAGACAGGAAACUAAGUAUAGAGUUAAAUGAAUGUAAAAGCGUUUAUAAUAAAAAUUAUUAAUGUGAAAUUCAAAAAAUUAAUUUCAGUAAAAAGCAUAUUGUGAUUGACUUUACAGUUUAAGGAAACAACUCGAAAGGUCCUUUACAAAAUCCUAGAUCUUCUAUGCUACUUCUUUUUGGCUAAAAUAUUUAUUAAUAUCUAUAAUAUAGUGAUUAUUGUCAAAUCAAAGAAGAAAAUCUGCCAAACAAAUAACUUUACUAAGGUUUCUUAACAUUUUAAAUUCCUGAAAAUAUGAUAUUAACCAAAAAUGUUUCAUUCAUUUUUGAAUAUGGAAGUAGUGGGUAUUCAUAGGUGAAAAUUCUAGAAUUAACAAAUGAAUUGCUAAAAAAAUUUGAAUUAUACAAUUUUACGUGA